AAUGAAAGUAAGCUAUAAUCGCAUUCUAAUACAAAGGAAUGAAAGUGCUGUUAUUUCAGACUCUGUAAAUGUUUUUGCUAAUUAAAUUGUGCCUCAUUUUGUUAAAAAGUAUGGGCACUAAUUGACAUUCAUUGUGAAUACCAAAAGUUCAAUAUACCUGGGUAUAUAUCAAAAUGUGUGGCGAAUACAUUGUUUGCUACUAUAGCGCGCCACACAUGCAUAAACACUGCCACAACCUUAAUACGCAGUAGUUACUGUAGUACAUGUACGUUUCAUUUGAACCACAUGGCGAGGCUAUUUCAAGCACAGACGGGUGGUUUGCUUCAAUACAACUAUCUCUUUCCUUUGAACAGACCACAUUCUGCAAGAUACUAAUCUUAAGGACCAAGGAGUGUGGUAAUAAACAUGAGUAUCAUGACAAAUACGAAAACAUUGUAUAUUAAUAGAAGGUAUGGGGUAUUGAACAUCAAAGAUGACUGAGAAAAUUAUGAUUGAGUAUGAAAACCAAAUGUUUCUUGAUCUCUUCCAUGAAGAUGGACUUCUAGUCACAGGAAGAGGUCUUGGCAUUGACAGGAUUUUUAUUGAUUUUCUGAAGCUGUACUGUGAUCCUGGCAACCUGGUGCUAGUUCUUAAUGCAGGGGACAAGGAAAAGGAAUACUUUAUAGAUGAAUUAAGAAAACAAGGGACAUCUCCACUGCCAAAAAUAAUCACAACAGAAUACAAUGCCAAUGAUAGGCACUCCAUUUACAUGCAGGGAGGGGCUUUAUUUGUCACUUCCCGUAUUCUUGUUGUGGACAUGCUGACAGAACGCCUACCUAUAGAUUUAGUCACUGGUAUUCUGGUAUUUAAGGCUCAUAAGAUUGUUGAAUCUUGCCAAGAAGCCUUCAUUAUAAGACUAUACAGGCAGAAAAAUAAAGUUGGGUUUGUGAAAGCAUUCUCUGACAGUCCCCAGUCCUUUACAGCAGGGUUUUGUCAGGUGGAAAGGGUGAUGAAGAGUUUGUUUGUCAGGAAGCUGUACCUUUGGCCCAGGUUCCAUGCCUCGGUGGUCUCUUGUCUUGAAGAACACAAGGCUGAGGUUGUUGAGCUCCACCUACAGCUAACUCCAGCAAUGCUUGCAUGUCAGACAGCUCUUCUGGACCUGAUUAAUGCUUGCAUCAAGGAGCUGAAGAGAUAUAACCCAACAUUUGAUACUGAUGAAAUAACUGUAGAAAAUGCCAUCACCAAGUCAUUUGACCAAAUAAUUCGCCUCCACCUGGACCCUAUAUGGCAUCAGCUGGGAGCAAAGACCAGGCAGCUAGUUGCUGAUAUCAAGACUUUGAGGCUGUUGUUGAAACACCUGACACAAUAUGACUGCAUCACAUUUUACAAUCUUGUAGAUUCUAUAAGAUCAAAUGAAAUAACAUUUGGACAAAAUUCUGGAUGGCUGUUCCUAGAAGCAGCUGAUAAUCUUUUCACUCAUGCAAAGGAAAGGGUUUAUGGGCCAGCAAAAAAGACAAAGAAAGUAAAAUCAUCUGAAGAAAAUUGGGAUCCUAUUAAGUCAGAUGCUAAAGGUCCAGUCCUUGAAGAAUGUCCAAAGUGGAAAAUUCUUGCUGAGAUCCUAAAGGAGAUUGAGGAAGAAAAUGAGAGUGUGUCCAGCACACUUGGCCCAGGCAGAGUACUGAUUGCUGCAGAGGAUGACAGGACUUGUAAUCAAAUAAAACAGUAUUUGAGUGAUGGGGGACAUACUUUGCUGAAGAGGUUAUUUGAUAAAUCAGUUGGGAGAAAGACAGGACAGAAAGUAGCAGAAGACGCUUCAGCAGCAACGAGGGGCAGGUGGAAAGGGAAAGGAAAGGGCAAAAGCUCAGCCAAAAAUACAAAAUCCAAGUCAGAACUUACCUUAACCCAAAUGGUAGAUAGCCACAAUAAAGAAGAGGAUGAUGAUGAUAAGACAGAAGGAGACACAGAUUCUGUGGAAGAAGAAGACAAGCAGCCCCCGUCUUCAGAUGCGUAUUAUGGCGUACUACAGGAACCAGUGACAGUGCUCCACCCACUGCAUGGCUGUAAUGAUCCCUAUGGGCUGGUGAGAACUCUGAAGGAUGUUCAACCAAGAUAUGUCAUUUUGUAUGAUGCUGACAUGAUUUUUGUAAGACAGCUGGAGCUAUUCAAAGCUUCAAGGCCAGGUACACCAUUGAGGGUAUACUUCCUAGUGUAUGCUGGCUCUGUGGAAGAACAGCGCUACCUCACCACUCUCAGGAAGGAGAAGGAAGCAUUUGAACUCUUGAUUAAAGAAAAGGCUACAAUGGUCAUCCCUGAGGAGAGAGAAGGGAGGCUGCAGAAUGAUCCCAGUCUAUCAAGGAAUCCCAAGUCUACUAAUGCAAGUAGUAGUACCAGGAAAGGAGGGGUGGAACCCGAGCCACCUGUACAACAAAAGAUUAUUGUAGACAUGAGAGAAUUUCGCAGUGAACUUCCCUCUCUUAUUCACAGGAGAGGUAUUGAUAUUGAACCCGUCACCAUUGAGGUUGGGGAUUACAUCCUUACUCCAGAUAUUUGUGUUGAGCGCAAGAGUGUGAGUGACCUCAUUGGCUCUUUGAACAAUGGCCGCCUGUACAACCAGUGUGCUGCUAUGAGUAGAUACUAUAAGCGACCAGUGCUGCUGAUAGAAUUUGAUGCUAGCAAGCCAUUCACAUUGCAGGGUAAAAGUCAGUACAUGUCCAGUGAUAUCAGCAGUCAGGAUGUGACCUCUAGGCUGGCCCUCCUCACCCUCCACUACCCACAGCUCAGGAUACUCUGGUGCCAGAGCCCAUAUGCCACUGCUGAACUCUUUGAGGAACUUAAGCUUGGCAGAGAGCAACCUGAUGCUGCAGCAGCUAUGACGGUCACAGCGGAGACAGAGCUAACAGAAAUUCCAGAGAAGUACAACAUGGGCCCACAGAAUUUUCUAUUGAAGCUCCCAGGAAUCAGCACAAAGAAUGUCUAUGCUGUCAUGAAUGCUGUUCAUGACUUGUCUGAACUUGUCUCUUUAUCUGAAGAAAGGAUUGCAGAGAUACUGGAAAAUAAAGCACAUGCCAAAACUUUGUGGGAUUUCUUGCAUUCUGAGCAAAAGCAAGUUGAAUCCACAGUUGUUCAGAAACAACCUUUGAGUAAAUUUGGAAAAGGAUUCAAAAGAAAGCGGUAGCAAAUCUUUUGUAUUAUAUUGUUAUUUAUUAUCUUAUUUACCUUAUAUUAUUUGAUAGUGGUGGUAAUUUGUAAAUAAAAGCUGUAUGCUCAAGUAAAAAAUGAACUGAAGUUCACAUUGUACACUAAGAGUUAUAGAAGAAAUGUGCAAGACUUAAACAAAGUGAAGCUUUGUAAUUCCAUUGUGACCAAUAUAAAUACAUUGAAAUUUUGAAAAUAUCUCUUGCUUCAUCAUUGUUAAUUUUUUCAAUAGUAAAAAACAACAUAUUGUUGUUC